AUGCGUCCCUCUACUAUUCUCAUCCUUGCGGCCACUGCUGUCACUGCUACUGUUCAGGCCAUUGUUCAAACAUCUACAUACACCACUAACACACUCAACGUCACAGUCCUAACUGCACACAACAACAUAUCAACCCUAGAAUGCUGGGCUCUCAAGUCAGGCUUCAAAACAUCCACCGAAGCCGGCACAAUCGGCUCCAAAUCCCUUAAUCUGGGUAUCCUAGAUGGUACCAAUGGAGGAAACUCCACCUACACAGUGCUGCCAGCCAACUAUAGUGGCGGACGACACAAUGCGCCUACUAAACAAUGGGUCAUCUUCCUAUCUGGCUUGGCACAUAUCACUCUCCCUAACUCUACCACUGAGGCAUGGGUUUCUGGUGGUAGGAACGGUGCUAUUCUCGCUCUGGAUACGGCUGAUACAAGUUACUUGGGCCAUAUUUCGGACUAUCCGUCGCAGGAGGAGACGGUCUCGUUGGAAAUUCCAUUGGGUGAGGAGGGUGUCCCUCCUCACCGGGUGUUGAAUCAGGGUGCUUGCCAGGGAGACCAGUUGUCUUGA